UUGAAAGAGUUUGACCAGCCGAACUUCAAGAAUGCCACCUACCGGUUGGACAGACCGUCGAUGUACCUCAUCAACAGGGCCCGGAAGGACGAGCUGACGGGCUACGACAAGUUGAAGAACUCUAUGACGUCGUCGACGGUGUACAUCGGACACUUGGUGUUGAGCACGACCGAGGAGCAGAUCUACGAGCUGUUCUGCAGGUGUGGGAAGAUCAAGAAGGUGAUCAUGGGGCUCAACGCCCACGACCAGUCGCCGACGGGUUUCUGCUUCGUGAUCUUCAAGGCGCCCAGCGGCGCCCUCAACGCCGUGAAGUACUUGAACAAGACGAAGAUCAAUGGGCGGACCAUCGACAUCGACCUCGACCCGGGCUUCGAGGACGGGAGACAGUACGGCCGUGGGGAGAACGGUGCGCAG